UAUCGAUACCAUCAGAUGCUGAAUAUAAGACAUAUACUUAUGGAAUAGCACACAGUUUUUUAAUAAUAACAUUGUAAACACACGCUACUUGGGGUUUUCCAACUGGAUUGUUGACAACAUAUAACAACAAAUGUUGGCAGAGAACGUUUACGUAACAUGAGCGAGAAAAAUCAAGACAAAUGUCCAGCAGAGAGUGCUCCACCACCAUAUGAUUAUACAGUACCACAAGGUCAACAAUAUGAACAGUUACUGUAUCCUCAGGGGUAUAGUAAAACCAAUGAGUAUGCACAGAUUCACCCUCCACAAGGAUGCAGUCAUGGAACUGGGUACCAACCCCUUGUCCAAGGCUUUGAACAGCAGGGUUAUCCUGAAACACAAUAUUAUGGACAACAACCGAUGUAUGGAGGUCAAGGGCAAAAUGUUGUAAGUUUUAAAAAAAUCAUGAAAAGUAAACAAGACUAA